AUGCCAGUCUCAGCAACCAAGCUACAACUCGUCAAAAAUACUUUAUGUCAAGGCGGUCAUACUAUCACUCAUCGUUUUGUCCUGGUCCUCCUAUCCAUUUCCUACCCUCUAGUCUCACAUGGCAUUUUGGCAAACUUACCGUGGCGUCAUCACACCUGCUACUUGCCUUGCUCGCCUCACUUUCGAGUGGCUGAUCCGACUCGAGCCUCCUGUCCGUAUCUGCUUCGUGUGCCCGUCGGUCCGUUUCUUGUCUUUCUGGCUGACUGA